AUGGCGAGGAGGACGGUGAUUGCCAAGAUCGGUGAAGGCAGCUUCGGGGUGGUGUAUGAAGCCGAGCACAUACCCACCUCGGCAAAAGUUGCCAUCAAGGAAAUGCAACUGUCCGACGACGACAGUUGGCGUCAGUGGCAGUUGGGUGAAGUUGCUUUGAUGAAGCGACUUCACCAUGACAAUGUGGUGAAAGUGCUUGACAGCUACGAAGAAAAAAAUGCUGCCAACAUUGUUAUGGACUGCAUGAGAUUUGAUUUACUCUCUUAUCUCAUGCAGUAUGACCGUAAAGGACUGUCUGCUGAUCACAUACAGUCCUUUAUGUGGCAGCUGUUGUCUGGCCUCCAAUAUUGCCAUGACAACGGCAUCCUUCACAGGGACUUGAAGCCCGAAAACCUGCUCCUUGAUGAUAGUGGCAACCUAAAAAUUACUGACUUUGGGUUAGCCGCUACCGUCGAGGAGUUUGAGGGUGUCAAAGAAUCAUACCAAGUUGGCACCCUCUGGUAUCGGGCACCCGAGCUUCUCCUCGGCACUCCACAGCACACGACUGCAGUUGAUAUGUGGAAUGCCGGAUGCAUCAUGGCAUUUAUGAUUAUCAUGGACCAUCUGUUCUCAGGAGAAACAGAAGACGAGACGCUUUCCCAGAUGUACAGCUUGAAGGGCACACCAUCGGAAGCCGACUGGCCUGGUGUGUCCUCUUUCAAGUAUUUCGAUAACGAUCUCCCUCUUGUCCUAACUCAAUCUUCGGAGAGCUGCCUGAAUCAGCAGCCGAUUUGCUCCAAAAUCACAGCCAAGCAAGCAUUGGAGCAUCCUUUCUUCGAAGGCUUCGCUACCAGCACAGCAACUUCAUCAUCAAAGUAG